AUGCCACGUCCGUGUGAGCCCAUCUCCAAACUUGCUGGCUUCGUGAAGGUUGCAACUCAGGAGGUGAAGAAAACUACUCGUGCUCAAAAGAGAGUUGCUGCACCAUCCAUUUUGAGCUACCGACCAAAAAAACUUCGACAAGUGAAGAAGGACACCAAGAAGAAGCAGCCAGGAGCACGGCAGCAGGUGGAAUACUACUUCUCGGAAGGAAAUCUGGUGGGUGAUGCCUUCCUGCGGUCCCUCAUGGAUUCUGAUGGUUGGGUGAGCCUUGAGAAAAUCAUGACAUUUCCGCGGAUGAAGAAGCAGAAGCUGCAGAAGCUUUCCCUCCCAGAGGUGGCUCAGUUGUUGCUGGAGUCGGACUCAGCAGGGACCGCCGUCAGCUUUGCAGGUGGUUUCGAGAUGACAGCCUGCUGGACCAUGUUCAAGAAGCGAGAACGACCCAAGGCCACCCGUGCCAGAGAGGGAGCGGAGGGUGACGAGGAUACACCCACUGUGGCAGCUGGCGAUUUGGCAGCCAAGAGGUCGCGCCGAAGUACGAAUUCUUCGACUACCAACAAUGAAGGCGGCAACAUUGCAGCCUCGACACGGAAAGAGCCAAUGUCUGAAGCAGCCCGAUUUGCUGAUCGGCAACAAGACGCUGUUUUUUCGGGUUUCAAGGCAAGUGGCUCCACAGAGAAUACGCCAUCAUCUGAUGCAGUUCGACGGCUCGAGGUGGACACUGACGUGAGUCAAGAUCACAGGGCUAUCCUGGAACGAAACGAAGAAAUAAACAAGGGCCUGAAGGACGGAACUCUGGAGAAAGGCGUGUACAGAGGCCUCGGUGGCUAUCAGCGGUAUGCCAACAGAAGUGAACAUGCCAUUGCCAACUCCAAGUACACAGGUUUGCUAGGACCGCUUCGAAGCAGUUUGAGCAAUGUGCGAAGCACCCUGCGCAUUGAGUACAUUGGCACCACUGGUGAAGGCGGAAUUUGCAAGGACUACAAAGAAACAGGCUAUUGCGGUUUCGGGGAUUCCUGCAAAUUUGCACACGACAGGUCAGACUACAAACCCAGUUACAUUCUGGAGCAGGAGUGGGAAGCCAAGCAGAAGGCAAUAGAAGCAAAGCGAAGAAAGAGAUGGGAGAGAAAGAUGGAAAGGCGAAGAAAAGCUGAAGAAGAGGGGCGACCACUUGAUGACGACGACGAUUCCACGGUCAGUACAGAUGAGAGUGACGAUGAAGAGUUGCCAACGGAGUGCUAUGAGUGCGGGGAAGCCUGGCAGCGCUGCAAGAGCAUUGCAGUGCAGACUACUUGUGGCCACUAUUUUUGUGAGGAGUGUGCCAUGGCAGCCUUCUCAAAGUCGCAGAAGUGUGCCAGGUGUGGAGCAAACACAAAUGGCAUCUUCAAUUCAGCUGAAACUUUGCAGGAAAAGCUCAAGGCCAAAAAAGAGCGGCGAGCAGAGCGAAAGAGGAUGAAGGCGACCAAGCGAAGAGAGGUUGAGGUGGCUCGCGAUCUCCGUCAUGUGCGCCAACGUGAUGCCCGGUUGCGCACAUUGUUUUCUUGGCAGCCUUGGACGGAGGCUCAAGCGGAAGAGUGGGAGCAACAGGGAAAAAAACUGAAGGCGGAUCGAUUGCAUUGGGCUUUGAAGAGAAAGGUGCAAAAGAAGAUGCUCCAUCUGGCUCCAGCGACUCAAGCAGCCAGCACAGCUCAAGCUGCUCCUUUUGACUCUCCAAUCCAGGUUCCAGUCUUUCCAAAGCAGCUCUUCUGCGCUUCGGCCAUGCCAUCGGUGCUGAAGGCCGCUCCAAUUGGCAGCUUUUGCAAGAGUUCUCUGAGCACGGCUUUCAAACAUCGUCAGUUUCUGGCACCAGGCCUGCAGUGCAAGUCUCUUGCAGUGCCGUUGCCCAAACUCCCCGGUGCUUGGUCAGAAGCUCCUCCACCUACUGUCUCAGACUUUGGCACAGUGGAGCAGAUGAAAGGUGCUUGGUCAAAAGCUCCUCCACCAAAAGUUCCUCCAUCUACUGUCUCAGACUUUGGCACAGUGGAGCAGAUGAAAGGUGCUUGGUCAGAAGCUCCUCCACCACAAGCUCCGCCAUCUACUGUCUCAGACUUUGGCUCAGCAGCGGAGCAGAUGAAAGGUGCUUGGUCAAAAGCUCCUCCACCUACUGUCUCAGACUUUGGCACAGUGGAGCAGAUGAAAGGUGCUUGGUCAAAAGCUCCUCCACCAAAAGCUCCGCCAUCUACUGUCUCAGACUUUGACUCAGCAGCGGAGCAGAUGAAAGGUGCUUGGUCAAAAGCUCCUCCACCAAAAGUUCCUCCAUCUACUGUCUCAGACUUUGGCACAGAGGAGCAGAUGAAAGAAGGUGCUUGGUCAGAAGCUCCUCCACCACCAGCUCAUCCUCCAUCUACUGUCUCAGACUUUGGCACAGUAGAGCAGAUGAAAGAAGGUGCUUGGUCAGAAGCUCCUCCACCACCAGCUAGUCCUCUAUCUACUGUCUCAGACUUUGGCACAGUAGAGCAGAUGAAAGAAGGUGCUUGGUCAGAAGCUCCUCCACCACAUGCUCCGCCAUCUACUGCCUCAGACUUUGGCUCAGUAGCGGAGCAGAUGAAAGGUGCUUGGUCAGAAUCUCCUCCACGUACUGUCUCAGACUUUGGCACAGUAGAGCGGAUGAAAGGUGCUUGGUCAAAAGCUCCUCCACCAAAAGCUCCUCCAUCUACUACUGUCUCAGACUUUGGCACAGCGGAGCAGAUGAAAGAAGGUGCUUGGUCAGAAGCUCCUCACCCUACUGUCUCAGACAUUGGCAGAGCGGAGCAGAUGAAGGAUGUGCAAAGGCCUUCUGAAAAUGAUCAGAGGCUGUGAUGCUUCUUUGCAUCAAAGGCUUUAUAGCAGACGUUGGCGAAUUAUCGCUGGGUCAGGAGACGAAUGUGCUUUGAUUCGUCUGAGGGGGUCCAUGGAAUCCUGUCACAGAGCGCUUUUAUUUUUUUUGUUUUGUUGAUACUGCGUGCCCUCUGGGCCUUUCUGCUUUUGAGAUGUGAUUGACAGGAAUGGUCCUACCCCCAGGGGACCAACAAAAAAGAAGACCAGCGUAUGCCGCUGGUGCGUUCCAUUAUGAAGUGAUUUCAAAAUCACUCAGCCGUCACUUGGGUGAGAAUUUCCAAGUUGAUGACAUCCUCGGGGCUUAGUUUGCUCUGACUUUUCAGAGCAGAAUUCGAUUCAAAUUCGUGGGUAGUGCCAUCGUCCAGUCAGCCUCAACAUGCUUUGCUGAGAACUUAUGA